CGCGACGAUAAUGACGAAGAUGAUGAUGGAGGAUAUUCUGGUGGUGUCUCGAAAGAUGGGGAUCGCAUGGGGGAUCCUGUUCGUGGCGUCGGCGGCUGCCGGGGUGGCCAGGGCCGGGGACAUCAAUCUGCGAUGCGACGAGUUCGAUCCGAUGAUCUACAUGGACGUGAACGAGGCCUUCUGCACGGUGACGGGCUUCAUGGUCACCCACAGCCAGAAUGUGGUGAUAAAGAACGUGCCGCCCGGGAACAUGGUCAAGUUCAUCAAGUUCUACGAGUCGACCCUGCUCUACAUGCCCUUCCACUUGUUCGAGACCUUUCCCCAUCUGAAGACCCUCGACGUGUCGAACACGAACAUCCUGGAGCUCACGCGGAACACCUUCAGUGCGGCCAGCAAUCUGACGUAUCUGAACCUGAGCUACAACAACCUAACGUCCAUCCAGACGUCGGUGUUCAUUGGGGCCAACUCGCUGAUGAGGCUCGAUCUGUCCUACAACGAAAUCGCCUCCCUGAGCGUGAACGCCUUCAAUGGGCUGCAGAUCAUCAAUAAGCUGCUGCUCACGGGCAACCGACUGCGGGAGCUGCACGACGAGAUCUUCAUGGACAACGAGUUCCUCGAGAAUGUCUCGUUCGAGGGGAACUUCCUCACCUACAUCCGGCCGGAGGUGUUCAGCGGGAUGCGGCGCAUCAAGGAGGUGAAUCUGUCCAACAACCAGCUGGUGAGCAUCCAUCCGGACACGUUCGCAGAGGCCGCCAGCCUGGAGAGCCUCAUGCUGUCGUUCAACCAGCUGAAGGACUUCCAGCUGACCGGCAAGAGCAUCGUCCACCAGCUGCAUCUGGACCACAACCAGCUGACGAACCUCACCAUCAACGCCACCCGCUUCGUGCGGGCCAGCCACAACGCCAUCUCGCAGCUGAUCCUGCACCAGUCGCUGCAGCUGGAGACCCUCGAGCUGAGCGCCAACCGCCUGCAGAGCAUCGCCAACAUCACGAAUCUGACGUCCCUGCACUACCUGGACCUCUCCGACAACCCCAUCGGACAGCUGAACGUCAGCACCUUUGCCCAACUGAAGCGACUCCGCAGCCUCAAUCUGCGCGGCAACGGCAUUCGAGAGCUCAAGUUCGGGAUGUUCUCCAAGCAGAAGUACCUCGAGGAACUCGACCUCUCGUUCAACAAUAUGACCAGCCUCAAUCUGGACAUGUUCGUGCCGUAUCUGGCCAACAUCAAGAAGUUCCUGGUGGACGGCAACGCGCUGACCGAGCUGCAGGGCAAUCGCACCUUCGACGACGCCUUCCCGAUGCUCCAGAAGCUGGGCGUCUCCCGGAACCGCUUCAACUGCUCCUAUCUGCACCGCCUGCUCAUCCCGCCCUCGCUGCCCGAGUCGGUGGUGCUCAACAUCGAGCCGGACAACAGUCUCGAGGAGACCCCGCACAUCCGCGACGUCUCCUGCAUCAGCCAGUCGCAGAUGGCGGUCAACGCCUCCUUCGGCGCCGAGGAAACAGUCCUCUACAUGCACAUCCAGGCGCUGUCCAAGCAGUUGGAGCUGGUGGGAGCCCACUCCCAGAAUCUGGAACUGCAUCUGGCCUUCAUGAAGGUCUUCGCCUACAUCCUCGGGGGCCUCGUCCUCGUGGCUCUGAUCGCCUUGGUCGCCGUCAAGUAUCUGAAGGCUCGUCGCUCCGGACGCCACAAUCGCAGCAGCAUUGUCUUCCAUUCGAGUGCCACAAUGGACACCAACCUGGGGAUGUGACAGCCCCCAUCCUCGUCGAUCCUUAGCCCCAAAACUGAACUCUAGAUAUAGGACUCCUAGCAUAUUUAAGUCUCUCUCUCUCUCACUCCCUCUCAAAGAAUCUCUGAAUAAAUUGUAAUACGGAAGAGAAA